AGCUUUCGUUGGUUCUGAGGUUUCGAUAUAUCGGGCCAUUGAACAAUAACCCUGUCGCGAAGAGUUCCAAGCAAGCGGAGCAAGACCCCCCCUCGCAAAACGAUGGCUGGUUUGGCAGCCGCCUAUCUUCUCAAUUUUCUAAUGCCACACGAGCUCUGUUUUUACAGCAAUUGGACACCAUGCCGGAGGAGGAGAACGAUGUUUUGCAAGAUAUUUCGAUUUAUUUGGGUUAUGUUCAACUUUUCGGAUACUACUCGAUAAACGACCGAAUUGUGGAUGCCUCAAUAUUUGAAGAACUCCAGAAAUCAGCCACGUUUGAAGGCCGGCUAGCUGGAAUCAACGGGCUCGAAAUCACCUUUGAUCAACACAAAAGAGGCCUGUUGACCGGCCUGACCACGUUAUUUCAGCCAGAUAUGAACGACGAGCAUACUCAUAUCAUUCCGCAUUACUCGACAACACAGUCCAUUUUAUUUAGCGAUUUGACUUUCAAGCCCACCCAGCUGAACAGCAACUCAACCUCGACUAAACUAACGCGAAGCUUCUAUGUGAAUAUGAAGCUGCCUAUGGAUCUCGCUCCAUCGUUCCGGUCGGAGGCAGUCCAGAUACACUACAACGUCAUUCUUGGCUACCAACUGAAGGAGACAAAUGGCACUUUCUCUAACAAAACCAUGUUUUUCCCCCUCAAAAUACAGCCAUACAUCGAUAGGUUUGGAAGACAGCCGCUUUUUCAUCUUGAAAGACAGCGGAUGAACCAACGACCAAGUGCUCUGAAAAAUGUUGACUUGAACAUUGCAGGGUCCUCUGAGAUACCUGCACAGCCCAGACAUGUGCGGAAGUACUCAGAGCCGGAUAUAAAUGGAAAGUCCACUCGACGGUCGUCCAAUGCGUCCUCCCUUCCCAACAACUUGUCAAAAAAGCCCUCGACGAUAAAUAUGGAGCUUCUUCGGCGUAGUCUGGCGACCGCAGACUCCACAAGAAGAUCUUCGUCAGAGGACCUGCCAGCAACAUUUGAUCUCAGUAAAGACCUCGAGACCAAGCAGUUUCUUGCACUUCUAAACGAGCUGAACGAGAGCGACGUGAUGGAUGCAAUCAAGUUACAGGAAAAGUUUGAAAAACAAUAUCAUCACGGACAGGAUGCGGAAUCGAAUCCGCGCCAAAACCUAUUCAACAUAAUCCAGGACUACCACAGUGUUCAGAAGCAGGAGUUUUACUCAGCAGAUGACGUGGCCGACAUGGAAGGCCAAGUUCCUGUCCAUCAGCAAACAAAGUACAUUGUCAAGCAGGAUCAUCUGCAGCUGGCAAACCUGACUCUGAGCAAGAACAUUGUAAGAGUCGGAGAUGACAUCACCAUUAGCAUGUCAUUCGCGGAUGCCCAGCUGGAGACCAAGGGCGUCGAAGUGCGUUUGAUAAAGGACCAGAUAUUUUACAGAGACGAGUACUUAAGGCGCUACGAGUACAAUGAAGUAUAUAAAGGCAUCAAACACGGGAACAGCAUGGAGACCACCGUUUUCCACAAGCCGGCGAGCACGUUCGACGCCGAGCAGCUCAACGUGAAUGUACAAGUACCUGCGACUGUGGAGCCGCAGUUCAAGACAAAUUUCUUUCAACUGAAAUACUUAGUGCAGAUAAAGUUUGUUCUGGUGGAUGCUUACAAGCUUACACGGUCGCCAGAGGAGAGCACGCAGAAAAAGCGAGAGGUUUUUGAUCUGACCUCGAUCUUCACCGACAACAAGGGCUCUGUGCUUUACAAGGCGGUGGAAGGCAUUAGCAACGGUCUCGAGUUCACGGUCCGCCUGCCAAUUGUUGUGCUUCCAAGCUAUGAAUACGAUAUAGCUCCCUGAAGUAUUCUAUUGCACUGCCAACUUGGCGUGCGGUUAGGUUGUACGCG